CUUGAAGCCAUGUUUGCAAUCGAUCCCGUCUCAAUUCUUGGAUCUGUUGCGAUAUUCCUAUUUUUGCUAAAACUCUAUUAUGAGCGUAAAGAAAACGUUUACCACAACUUUCCUCCUGGACCAAAACCUUUGCCGAUAAUUGGAAACCUGCACACUAUGAUCCUGAGCAAACAGCGGCAAGAUGUUUUUCUCCAAGAGCUAUCUAAGAAGUAUGGACCGGUAUUCAGCAUCCGGUUUGGACCUAAAAAGAUUGUUGUGCUCUGUGGCUAUGAGACAUUCAAAGAUGCGCUUGUAAACAAUGCUGAUGCACUUUCAGAGAGACCCGUCAUACCAUUCACAGAAGAAACCUCAAAAGGACAUGGUAUAAUCUUUUCCAAUGGAGAAAACUGGAAAGUGAUGAGGAGGUUCACUCUUACAACUCUACGGGAUUUUGGAAUGGGAAGGAAGCUUCUAGAAGACAAAAUUAAUGAAGAAUCCAACUCAUUAGUGGAAGUGUUUAGAUCCUUCAAUGGAAAGCCCUUUGAGAACACAAUGAUAAUAAAUGCGUCUGUUGCCAACAUCAUUGUAUCCAUUCUGCUCGGUCACCGCUUUGAUUACAAGGAUCCCACGUUCCUCAGGCUUAUGGGGUUAAUUCAUGAAAAUAUAAAUAUUUCUGCGGGUCUUAUGACCCUGCUGUACAACCUUUUUCCGUCGGUGAUACGCUGGCUUCCCGGAGGUCACAAAACGGUUUUCAAAAAUAAUAUGGAACUGCGCAACUUUAUUAAAGAAACAUUCACCAAACACAAGGACCAACUGGACGUCAAUGACCAAAGGAACCUUAUUGAUGUCUUCCUUGUCAAGCAGCAGGAGGAAAAGCCCAGUCCUCAAGCGUUUUUCCAUAAUGACAACUUAGUAAGUCUUGUGAGAGACUUGUUUGCAGCAGGGAUGGAAACUACUUCUACAACCCUUCGGUGGGGUCUACUAUUAAUGAUGAAAUAUCCAGAAAUUCAGAAAAAGGUCCAAGAUGAAAUAGACAGAGUGAUCGGUUCUGCCCAGCCUCAAGUAGAACACAAAAAGCAAAUGCCGUAUACAGACGCCGUUAUUCAUGAAAUCCAAAGGUUUGGUGACAUUGUUCCCGGUAAUGUCCCACAUGCGGCUUCUCAGAACAUCACAUUCAGAGGAUAUUUUAUUCCUAAGGGGACCUACGUCAUCCCACUCCUGACAUCCGUGCUGCACGAUAAGGCCUAUUUUGAGAAACCAGAGGAGUUUUACCCUCAACAUUUUCUUGACACUAAGGGAAAUUUGGUAAAAAAUGAAGCAUUCCUGCCGUUCUCAGCUGGCCGGAGAAGUUGCGCUGGGGAGAAUUUAGCAAAAAUGGAGCUGUUCCUGUUUUUCACCAGACUGCUGCAGAACUUCACGUUUCAGCCUCCUCCUGGGGUCGAAGUUGAUCUUACCGCUGGCACUGGGGCAACCAGGAGCCCUUUGGCAAAAGACAUAUGUGCUGUGCCCCGGAACUAGAAGAAAUCCCAGUGUACGAUGAGGCCAAUUUGAAAUAAUACAGAAUUCAUAUUUUGCAAUAGGGUUGUCAAUUAGGAUGCCGAGCAUGGUCUUCCUUCGUUUUUCUUGUGUAUGUAAAGUAAGUAUUAAAUGCAGAGUGUAUUUUC